AUGCUACCUCGCCUCUUCGUGUCUCCCGCGGCCCCCAUUGACAUCUGCUUAUCUGUCGCUCGUGGGAGUGGACAGGAAGUCGUGUGCCCUCUUGGUUUCUUCCCCUGUGGGAACAUGUCCAAGUGUUUGCCUCAGCUCCUGCACUGUAACGGGAUUGACGACUGCGGCAACGAGGCGGACGAGCACAACUGCGUGCUUGGUCCUGUGCCCUGGCUGUGUGCUUGCCAAAGCCUGGUGCUUAACUGUGACGAUACCGAUUUACGGGCCAUCCCAUCGGUUUCUUCAAAUGUGACGGUGAUGUCACUCCAGAGGAAUUUAAUAAGAAAACUUCCGCCUAAUGGCUUCAAGAAGUACCACAAUCUUCAGAAGCUAUGCCUACAAAACAAUAAGAUUAGAUUCAUCUCGACCAAUGCUUUCCGAGGGCUGUACAGCCUUACUAAGCUCUACCUCAGCCAUAACAAGAUAACCCUCCUGAGACCGGGUGUUUUUAGAGACCUGCACAGACUGGAAUGGCUGAUAAUUGAAGAUAACCACCUGGGCCGAAUUUCCCCGCUAACAUUUUAUGGACUGAAUUCUCUUAUUCUCUUGGCGCUCAUGAGCAACGUCCUCAGCCACCUGCCCGACAAAGCGCUCUGCCAGCACAUGCCGAGACUGCACUGGCUGGACUUCGAAGGCAACCAUAUCCGUAACUUAAAAAACUUGACUUUUAUUUCCUGCAAUAAUUUAACUGUUUUGGUAAUGAGAAAAAACAAAAUAAAUCACAUAAGUGAAAAUACCUUUGCACCGCUUCAGAAACUAGAUGAAUUGGAUUUAGGAAGUAACAAGCUCGACAGUCUCCCACCUCAUGUAUUUAAGGAUCUGAAGGAGCUGACACAAUUGAAUCUUUCUCAUAAUCCAAUCCAGAAAAUUUCAGCAAACCAAUUUGAUUACCUUGUCAGCCUCAAGUCUCUCAGCCUAGAAGGAAUCGAGAUUCUGAAUAUCCAGCAAAGGAUGUUUAGACCUCUUCUGAAUCUCUCCUACAUAUAUUUUAAGAAAUUCCAGUACUGUGGCUAUGCGCCACACGUGCGGAGCUGCAAACCCAACACGGACGGGAUUUCGUCCCUGGAGGACCUCCUGGCGAGCAUCGUCCAGAGAGUGUUUGUCUGGGUGGUAUCCGCGGUCACCUGCUUCGGAAACAUCUUUGUCAUCUGUAUGCGACCUUACAUCCGGUCUGAGAACAAGCCGCACGCCAUGUCCAUCGUCUCUCUCUGCUGUGCUGACUGCUUAAUGGGCGUCUACUUGUUUGUGAUCGGAGCCUUUGAUGUCAGAUUUCGCGGGGAGUACAACAGCCACGCACGGCUGUGGAUGGACAGUCUUCACUGUCAGCUGAUGGGCUCUCUGGCCGUUCUGUCCACCGAGGUGUCAGUUUUAGUCCUGACGUUUCUGACGCUGGAGAAGUACAUCUGCAUUGUGUAUCCUUUUCGAUGUUUAAGACCUAAAAAGCGUAGAACCGUGACAGUUCUGAUUCUCAUUUGGACGAUCGGGUUUAUAGUGGCUUUCACGCCACUAAGCGAUCAGGAAUUUUUCAGGAACUACUACGGCGCCAACGGAGUCUGCUUUCCCCUUCACUCAGAAGAUGCAGAAAGUCUUGGAGCCCAGAUUUAUUCAGUAACAAUUUUUCUGGGUGUGAACUUGGCAGCUUUUAUCAUCGUUGUCUUUUCCUACGGAAGCAUGUUUUACAGCGUCCGUCAGAGCGCCCUGACAGCGAGUGAAAUAUGCAGUCAAGUCAGAAGGGAGGUGGCCCUCGCCAAGCGCUUCUUCUUUAUCGUGUUUACUGAUGCCCUGUGCUGGAUACCCAUUUUUGUGCUGAAAUUUCUUUCGCUUCUGCAAGUAGAAAUACCAGGUACCAUAACCUCUUGGGUGGUGAUUUUUAUUCUGCCUAUUAACAGUGCUUUGAAUCCAAUUCUCUAUACUUUGACUACAAGACCAUUCAAAGAAAUGAUCCAUCAGCUUUGGUUUAACUACAGGCGAAGAAGGUCUAUGGGCAGCAAAGGGAGGCAGAAAGCAGGUCCGCCGUCAUACGUUUGGAUGGAAAUGUGGCCACGGCAGGAGAUGCCCUCUGAGCCAACGAAGCCACCUGUUUGCCCAGACACCUGUGAAGCGUCACUCAUUUCUCAACCUACUUGA